AUGAACAGCAGCAGCAAUUUUAAUGUUGUCAUCAUGUGGCAAAGCAGUAAAAUAUCUGCAAUGUAUUUCAUGGACAAAGACUCCAAACUAUCUAAUUUAUUUCAACAGGCAAGCAGUCCUACAACAGGAACAGCACCCAGGAGUCAGUCACGGUUGUCUGUCUGCCCUUCCACUCAGGACAUUUGUAGGAUCUGUCACUGUGAGGGAGAUGAUGAAAGUCCCCUCAUCACGCCGUGUCGCUGCACAGGGACCCUGCGCUUCGUUCAUCAGGCCUGCCUGCACCAGUGGAUUAAGAGCUCAGACACGCGCUGUUGUGAACUCUGCAAGUACGACUUCAUAAUGGAGACCAAGCUCAAACCUCUUCGGAAG